ACUAAACACAGAAAUCCUGAUACAUCUACCUGGCAAACUGUUAUUACGGGCCAGACGUUAGAUAAUGCACUUGCAAUAGCAAGACUUGCCUUUGGCAAGAAGAAAUUCUUGCCAUUUGCAA